CUGCCUUGCAAGUACUUGCUGAAUCAUGUUAGCUCUCUAACCUUAUACUACCUGUUUUCUAUGAGCAAGAAUUGAACUCGGCACCCCAGGAUUUACAACACUCACACACGUACCAACUACUUGCGUUAGACCUCGCCUUUGACGAGCAUGCUACUAGCUACCAAGAUCUUCUAAGCUUCUUGUUCAAAGCUAUGGAUGAGGAAGAGAACAAGGGUGUUACAAUCUGAAAAGACUACAGAAGCAAUGUUCAGAGCAGCAAAAUCAGGAAACAUCAUGGUUUUAAAAUUUAUUUUUAACUAUAACCCCAAUUUGUUUAUGGAAGUCAAUCCUCAAGGGCAAAACUUACUUCACAUAACAAUUUCAAAUCGACAAAUAAGUGUAUUUCGUCUGAUAUUGCAUAAGGGUGCAUACAAAAACAUGUUAGUGCUACAUGUCGAUCGUGAAGGAUACAAUAUUCUCCACUUAGCUGGAAUGUUAGCAGCUGAAGAAAGAUUUGGAUCACCAAUUCAUCAAUUUCUUAUUCAUAGUGAAGAACUAUGGUUUCGGGAAGUGGAGAAGAUAGUUCCUCCCAUAUAUAAAACCAUGGAGAAUGAAAAACUCAUGACUCCAAAAAAAGUAUUUUAUAUGGAACACAAAGAACUGUCUGAAAAAGCUAUAACUGAACUGAAAGGAAUUGCAAGUAAUUUUUUAGUUGUAGCAGCUCUUCUAGUUUCCAUAGGGAUGAGCGCACUUCUCACAAUAAAAACUAACAAUACAAGCGGAAAGCAUCUGAUUUUUGAGGAAAAUAUAUGGUACAUAAUAUUCCUGCUAUCAGUUGGAGUUGGAGUGAGCUUAUGUGUUGUAUCUAUGCAUUGCUUUACCUCAGUUAUACUACCUUCAAGCUGGAGUCCAAACAUAACUUGUGUUAACUCAAGUCUAGCAAGGAUUACAUUUGGGUAUUUGUUUAUUUAUGCAUCCAUAGGAAUCCUAGGUAUUUUUAGUACCAUAUCCGGUGUUAUUUUGGUCUACACCUUCUUGCCUAACUGGAUCUUUUAUGUUAUUGUUGCAUGUUGUGGCAUUUCAACUGCCAUGUUUUAUGUGUUUCUUUACUGUUCUUUGCUUCUCACUGUUCGCUUGACACUGGCCCUUUGCCAGAAAUAUGGAGUGAUGAUGCUAACGAAAUUGGGGUUUGAAAUUAGUUGGGAGCCUUUCUUCUUGGAUUAGUCAACUAUAUAAUGUUUUGGGAGGACGUGAUGUAAAAUAAUUUUCUUUUCUAUCAAUGAUAUGUAAAAUAACUAUCUGAAUAUAACCUUGAUAUAUAUGGUGGCAUUUAGCAUGCACAAAGUAUAAAUUUGUGCACCAUACACAAAAUGGUGUAUCAUGCACAAGUUUAUCCCUUGUGCAGGUUAAACGCCACCGAUAUAUAUCGUUACCUUGUGCUAUAUUGCAUUUAUAUUUUUCAUUGAAACUUUUGUGCUUAUGUUGUAUGUCGUCAACCUGUUAUCGAACCGGUGAUAACUAAAGAUAUACUUCUGAUUCUGAUAUUAUAUAAGUUAUC